UCAUAUCAUAUAUUCUUUCAUACUACAACAACCAACUACAAACCCCUCUUCACUCCUUUUUGCAUUUCAUCAUCAAUUUACACUUUUCACUCUUCCCUUUAGUUCCCAUCCCUCUCUCAAACAAAUUCUUUAAUUAAUGGCUUCCAUAACUCUAAUACUUGUAUUUCAUGUCUUUAUUAUUAUUAUUAUUUCCCUACUUCAAUCUUCUAAAGGGAAACAAAUUAUCUGUAACACCUUAUCAUGUGGUGAUAUUGUUAUUGCUUUCCCUUUCGGUUUAAAAGAAAGUAAUCAAGAUCCUCUUUGUAGCUAUUCUACAAACCCCACUUUCCAACUUUCAUGCAACAACCAAAGGCAAACAAUUCUCAACCUCCCCAAAACAGAUGACUUGAUCAUUAAAAACAUCGAUUACAUAACCCAAACAAUCCAUGUUAACGACCCCAAAGGUUGUCUCCCAAAACGGUACUUAGAUAACAAUUUUAACCUUUCAGAUUCAGCUUUUAAAUUAAACCCCGAAAUUUACAGCACUUAUAACCUCACUUUUCUACGUUGUCCUUCAAAUGUUACUGAAUUGCCAUUAGCACCAAUCUCUUGCCUAAGAGAUAAAGAACAUUCAAACUCGUCUUCUUCUCCGGUUAUAGUUUCAUGGGCACCACCUCCGUUGUCUCAAACGUGUGAGGUGAUUUCAACGGCUUUGGUUCCGUUACCGUCGAUGGAUAUUCCUAUGUGGCCAUGGCCUAAUCUUGAAAGUGAUGUUGAGUUGGUUUGGACCAAACCACGAUGUGGAGACUGUUUACUUGAUGGUCAAGUUUGUGGGUUCUCUGAGGAGGAUGAAAAUAGGCUUCAAGUUGAAUGUUUCCCUAGUCCCUCCAAUCAAGGCCUCUCAAGAAGUGUGAAAUACGGCAUAGCAAUGGGAGUGGGAAUACCAGGACUUUUGUGUCUGAUUGGCUUAUGUUACAGUAUAUGUGGUAAGAUGAGGAGAACGGUACCACUUUAUGAACAAAGGACCUCAAAUCUUCCUACAAUAACAAUUUCCUUAGAACCUCUCCCUUCUUUUGCAAUGGGUCUUGAUGGUGCCACAAUUGAAAAGUACCCCAAGACUCUUAUUGGGGAGAGUGGACGUUUAUUGAAGGCCAAUGACAAUACUUGUUCAAUUUGUCUAUCUGAAUAUCAACCUAAAGAGACGUUGAGAAGCAUCCCUGAGUGCAACCAUUAUUUUCAUGCUGCUUGUAUUGAUGAGUGGCUCAAAAUGAAUGGUACAUGCCCAAUAUGUAGAAAUUCACCAGAGACGUAUUCUUCAACGGGUCCUUCUUUUUCUUCAUUAUUUUUAUCCCCUAAUUCGUCACCGUUGUCUUCUUCACGAUAGAUAAAUUGGUCACACUUCAAGCCAUAUAUAUUUGAUGUAAAUGUUAUAUACUGCUGAGAAUAGAGUCAUUAUAUGUAGUAUACCAUUUUCUUUUAAAGAUAAUAAAUAAGGAUGUUAGUUUUUUA